AUGCAGAAAGUCAAGGCCAGGCUCCCAUCAUGGGACACUACAAAGACCACGAGCAAGAAGGGCUUUGACAAAGUGUGGGGUUGGGCUGACAAGCUGGGUGCUCCAAUCAAUCGACUCUCGAAUCGUAUCGGCAGUGAGGCAUUCUGGCCCACGACUCUGGACAAGGAGAGUGAUAAGGCCGCCAGAAUUUUGAGGUCCUUCUGCAAGGAUGGCUUCUAUACCGAGGAGGAAAAGCCGGCCGAUGGCGAACAGGCUGGUCCCAAGCAAAAGCAGCGCGUCUUGAAGAAAAUUCCACAAAAAGUGAUACAGAAUGCCGUCGGUCUAGCCAUCUUCACUACCAUGCGAACCGGUCUCUGGGUAUCUGGAGCCGGCGGAUCCGGAGUCCUCGUAGCCCGAAAUGAGGAGGAUGGUUCAUGGUCUCCUCCAUCUGGAAUCCUGCUGCACACAGCAGGUCUUGGCUUCCUCGUCGGAGUCGAUAUCUACGAUUGUGUCGUUGUCAUCAACAACCGCAAAGCCCUGGAUGCAUUUACUAAGAUCAGAGCGACUCUCGGAGGAGAGAUCAGUGCUGUUGCCGGACCCGUCGGAGCAGGUGGAGUGCUGGAAAAUGACGGCAAAUGGAAACAAGCCAACAGACCCGUCUUCACUUACUUGAAGUCAAGAGGUUUCUAUGCCGGAGUUCAAGUUGACGGAACAGUCAUCAUUGAACGAACCGAUGAGAAUGCUCGCUUCUACGGACAGGAGGGCGUUAAAGUGGCAGACAUCCUCGCUGGCAAAACAAGUCGCCCUCCUGAGAUCAAAAUGCUCAUGGAGACGUUGAAGGCAGCCGAGGGUCGAGAAGAUGUCGACCAACAAUUGAUGGAAGAGUUAGAGGGACAACCUGCGCCAGGGGAUGUCGACGUCGAGGCUCCCGGUGAGGGAACAGUCUUCGGUAUCCCAGACCCAGAAGAUCCCGAUCCGUAUGGUGUUCUCGCCCUCGAGAAAGAAGGUCUCGAGAUCCGCGAUGCUGCAACUCACUCAAGGCCAUCAAGUCAAGCCUUCGAGUACAACCCCAGCCCCAAUAGUCCGACGUACAAAAAGUUCUACAGAAGGAGUCUAGAAACAGGAACGAGGAGCAAUCGAGAUAGCUAUGCCUCAACGCCGAGCAGGACAUAUACGACAUCUGAGGCUAGUACGCAGACAGAACCUGUCCUGAUAACGCCCAUCACAAGCACGACGCCGGAGAACAAGAGCUUGGCACAUCCGGAGAAGCUUGAUGACGACAAGUCCAGCAUCUACGAGGAUGUUCGGCUGGAGGAUGACUUUCGGUCACCGUACGAUGGAUCAUCACAGUCGCCGUACACUACGGUUGAUAGCUUCAUCACACCGCCUCCUGGGCCGCCACCGCCGCUGCCCGCUAGAAGUCCUGUUGCGUAG